AUGCCCCGCGAACUGCCCGGCCUGUAUUAUGAUGAGGAGAAGAAACGCUACUUCCCUUUGUCGUCCAAACCACAAGCACCUCCUGUCAUCCGCCCUAAGCGCCCUCUACUGUCUAAACGUGAGAACACGCAGAAAGAUGGUAGGUUAAUGUCUGGACGUGCGAUGGGCAAGGGCACCGUGUGGGCGGCAACAGAGAGAAUGCGGGGUUCACUCGCCGGUUCUCGCAGAAGACGUACUGUGCACGACGUUCUUGCGUUUCAUAUCGCAACGACCUCGCAAGGCACCAGUCACUUCAUUACCGACGCAGCGAACAAUGCUGUAACAGCGUUCCAAGUCUAUGACGACACAUCAUACAAUGGUGGCCCUUUCUCUGUCCUCGCGGGAGACACCCAAGGUUGGCUGUACUCACUAUCGGGUCAUACUUACAACACUAUCCGCCGGCGGGAGCUGAGUAUGGCCUCUUCAAUUUCCGCAAUCUGCAGAUCGGGCGAGCGCUGUGUUGCGAUUUCCUUUGGACAACCCUGUAAAAUUGUCAUCCAAGAGUCUCAUCCGGUAGAAACGUGGACUGUUCUUGGAUUGCCCCAGAAAGUUUGCCAUGACGUCUGGACGGCGGACCUGCACGAGUGCAGCCUGGCCCUUGGAACCGCGAAGAAGGGCAUCCUGAUACCAGACAUCACGACGGGCCGCGGCAUGCAGUCCCUCGACAUCGGCAGCGAUGUCCUGUCAGUACAUCAGCAACCUCACCUCGUGUACAUUGGUGCGCGUAACGGUGGAAUCCAUCGCUUCGACACGCGCGAGACGUUCGAGAGGCAGGCGAUGUUCAACAGUCGCUUCACGAGCACGAGGAGUUCGAUCACGCACCUCAGCGUCGUGCGGGAGUGGGAACUGCUCGUUAGCACGAUCCGCGGUGACCUGGAGACCCACGAUCUGCGUUUUCCGCGCGGCUCGACACCGUUGAUGUGCUUUGCGGGGCAUGUCAACUCCUAUACGGCCAAGCUGGGCCUCGUGGUCGAUUCGACCCAAGACUUCGUCUUCGCGGGGGGGCAGGACUGCCGCAUGCGCGCAUGGUCAUUGCGCACUGGGCAGCCUGCCCUCCCACCUGUCCUCCCGUGUUCCACAUCAUACUCAUCUACUGCAGCGUCUGACGAACAGGCACUUCCUCCCGAGCUACAGCCCUUCCGGCGAACGUUCGACUUACCUGUUGUCGCCAUGCAGGUCACGGAAAGCGAGCGCGGGACAUGCCUCUGGGCCGCCUCCGCAGGCGAGCUCCACCGCUAUAAUCUUGGCCAGCAGAGCACGGCUGUAUGA